GGGAAAAUUUUCAAGAACAAAGAGGGUUGAGAUGUGGUUGGAGAAAAGAUGUAACAUCAUCGAUGUCGCAAACAAACCAUCUCAAUAGUUAUCAGAUACAAAAAGAGACACAUACUUUACAAAAGUCUAUAGGUGCUAAAUCAAUGGCACAAACAAAACUCCCUGAUAAGGAUCAUCAACAAAAACUUUCAUCUACAAUAGUAGAUGCUGUCAUUGCACAAGAAAAGGAAGGUAAGGCAAAGACAACGUAG